AUGUCCGAUGAACCGGAUUACAUUAUUGUCACUGUCAAUGACAACAAUGAUAGCGACAGCAAUGUUGAUGAAGAUACUAGUCAAAGUAGUGACGAUGUAGAUGGACCAACUGAUUCUGACACAGAGACUUCUCAGGACAGAUUUUCCACUCAUGGCAUGUUGACUGUACCACCACCACAUUUUGAAGACAGCAGUGAGACAAAGAAGGAACCCCCUGCCUGGGGCAACCCUGUAGAAGCAUCUCGUCUGUUGCAGCAGCAAGACCAAAGGGCGAGUCCACCACUCCCCAGAAUUGUCUCUGCACAUUCAUUAAAUCCGCAUUUCUUACAAGCCAACUCAUUUCCUAUUCUCUCCAAACUAUCCUGUUUUGUCAACGAAGGUGAAAAUAAUACCAGUGGUGAAAUCUCACCUUUUCAAGCUCCUCCAGCAGUGCCUACAGCACUUCUGUCACAGGCACCUGGUCUGCCAAAUAACCCUAAUAUGGUGAAUUACUCAGGUUUAGCGGAAAAUGAGAAUAUGAGCCGAGGUAUGACCUCAUCUUUCUGCAUCCGUCCUAAUUCCGAUAUGCCAAAAAUAGAAACCAGCCUGGAAAACAAUGCUGAGGCAGUGAAUUACCCAACUUUUUUGGGAAAUGACAGUGACCACGGUACUUCCUCUUCAUCUGUCUUACCCCCUACUCAUUUUGCAGUUGAAAAAUUUAUACUUAUAGAAAUGCCAGGAAAAGAAACCACGGAAGGCAACCCUCAGACAAUAUAUUACCCAGCUCUGCUGGGAAAUAUACAAGGCCCAGAUACUGCCUCUUCAUCUGUUUCCUCCACUUCUAGAUUUUUCCUUGAAAAAGUUAUAAUCAUAGAAAACCCAUCAGAAACCAGCAUGGAAAACAACAGUGGAACAGUGAAUUCCUCAGUAUUGGACAAUGACUGUGGCCCACAUGCCACCUCUCCAUCUAUCUCCAUUCCUCCUAGUUUUGAAUUUUGGAUUUUAUUUACAAAAAUGUUGAUAAAAGUAGAAACCAGCAUGGAAAACAGCUCUGACACGAUGUAUCUCCCAACUUUAUUGGAAAAUGACAGUAGCCAAGAUUCUUUCUCAUUAUCUAUCUGUAUCCCUCCCAAUUAGACAUAUCUUGGUGACCCAAGAAGAAAAGUCAGGGUACUUCAAGCUCAUUUGGUGGCUGCACAAAAGAAGAUCAGACCUGAGCACGCGGCCUGCUAUUUGGUUCGCGUUUUGUUUUCCAAGGAAGUCCUGAUUAACAGCUCUGUGGGUGUCAAUGUACAAGGCCGCCAACCCCUAGACCCAAACAAAUUGGCUGCAAUAAGAGAAUAUCUGGCAGUAGUUUUUCGCUCCUAUGAUUUGAGGGAAUAUGGAAGAGACUGGAAAGCCUGUCUUUUUAAUAUCAAUUCUCUGAUCCGCUACUUAUAUUAUAAAUACAGAAGAGCAUCAGACUUUGUUUAUAGAUCCAGUUUUGUGUUUCAGCUGAACAAUGUUGGCCGACACAAACACCCUACCAACGCUGAUGCGGCGGCAGCAGCAUCUGCAGGUCAGGGUGAUGAAAGUGGUGGUGAUGGCGGGGAAGGAAGUUCUCAGAUAGUUCCGCAGGCAAGCCCCUCGAGCACACAGGAGAGUGGGGAUUCUCAGCAGCGCCCUGAUGCCGCCCGGGAAGGAACAAAUGAGCCUUUCGCUGAUAACACCGCGAUACCUUAUGAAGCACUGGACUAUUUGGGAAAUCCACGUAGAAAUAUACAGAUGCCACAUUUAGUACUGAAUGUAGCAAAAGGGAAGUCUUCCCCGGAGCUGGCAGCCAGAUACCUUCUUCGCAACCUGUUCACUGAGGACGUCCUCAUCAGAAGUACCGUCUAUGGCGAUCUGGGGCAUGGCAUGAGUGCCCUUAACACCAACAGGAUUAAUGCUCUCCGAGAGUUUCUCCAAGACAACUUCCCGACUUGUGAUUUCUCAGAAGCUGGAUAUGACUGGAGAAUGUGUGUGACAUCUAUCAACAGCUAUAUCUGUAUCCUUAGAAGUGGCCUCCGGAAGUCCGCGCCCAAAUCCCAGCCGUCUGCAGCAGCUAGCUCAUCAGCAGGGUCAGAGCCAAAGAGAUAA